AUGGGUCGUCCUUUCCAACGGAGCAAAAAUGGAAGCGCGACCGCCGGGAAGGACGCGAGCGCGAACACCACCGCGAAGAACACGAACGACGAUCGCAAUUCAACGCAUGCUCCUUUCCCUCGUCCUCCUUCGUUCCUUUCCUACCCGUACCGAGCGACGCAUCUGUUCAUGCGCAGAGUCCACGACACGUUCGACGCCUCGUUCCUACGAUAUCUCGCCUUAGUGCACUUGGGCUUCACUGGAUUUUUCCGCCUGGUGACGGAAAUAACCUUACUCCCGAUGGCGGAAACCGCCUUGAACGUCUCCGCGGCAGAGCUACAAAGGAUCUCGACCGUGACUAUGUUCCCAGGAGUGUUGAAACCAACGUUUGCGAUCAUUUCAGACAUUAAACCGUGGUUCGGGUAUCACAAGAGACCGUAUUUAGUGGUCGGCGGCGUGAUAGGUUUGUUCGCCAGUACGAGGUUGGCGACGGGGACGUUCGAAGGGAAAGCGAGCGAGGUGGAUUUCGUGAUUGCGAUUAUGGGGGUGUAUUUUACGGUGGUUAUAUUCGAUUGUUUGAGCGAUGGGAAGAGAGCGGAGUUGAUGCACGAAAAUCCGCAAACUGGUGGGGAUUUAAUCGCGUAUUCGUUAUCGUUGGUCGUUAUGGGGCAGAUUUUAGGUUUGAUGGUUGGAUACUUCGCUUUGGAACGAGAGAAGUACACGACGGUGUUUUAUUUCGUGAUACCAGUGGCAAUUGCGUCUAUAAUAGCGACGUUGAUGGGAGAGUUACCGGAAGAGAAAGUGAAAUACAGUUGGAAUUUAUCGGCGUUGAAGGUGAAGGUGAAGUAUAGGCAAAUCGUGUUAGCCGGGAUGUUGAUGAUGGUUGGUAUUGGAUUGGUGUACAUGCAAACGAUCGAGUUAGUCGACGACGGCAUGUUGAAAGCGUCGGUGAUGAUGAAUCUCAUUUUGGGGGUGUGCAUUGUCGUUUUAUGUAAGAGUUUGUUGCCGAAAUUCGCGGGGAACGUGAUUGUGUACGCGUUUUUCGAGAGAGCGUUGAGCAUUAAGUUUCAACACGCGGUGAAUUAUUGGUACACGUUACCGGGAGAUUGCGUUCCCGGCGGACCAAAUUUCGAUUACGUGUACUUCAACAUCGUCAACGGUUUCAUAGCGUUGAUAUUUAGCGGGUUAGGCAUUUGGAUGUUUCAAGAGGCGUUUAGUACCGGGAGAUUGCGAAGGAUAUUUUGGUGGUCCAGCGGCACCCGGUGCAUUGGUUCGUUGUGCGAUUUGUUCGUCGUCAGUCGGACGAAUUUAAAAAUAGGCAUCCCGGACCAACUGGCGUACGCGUUGGGAAACUCAGUUUUAGAAGCCAUGGUGUUUAUGCUUUCGGUGAUGCCGUUUGCAAUUUUGAUCAGUAAGUUAGUCAUCAACGGCACCGAAUCGACGUUGUUAGCCAUCACGAGCGCGGCGAGCGCGUUGGGUGGGUUAAUGGCAUCUUCUCUCGGAUCGUUAGCGAUUGAAUACGCCGGCAUUCAAACCAACAUCGAGGACCCGAACCAAUCGUGCAAUUGGAGCAACUUGGAAAAUUUAAUCAUCAUCUGCGGCAUUUUAUCGCCUUUACUGUGCGUCCCGUUGACGCUCGUGCUGAUUCCAAACGUAUUAAGCACGGCGACGUUUGAAAUGGACGAUUAUUCCGGCGAAGUCGUCGCGAUUACCAACGAAGACGGCGCCUACGACGACCGCGAGAUGGAAAAACACGGACAGAUUCUAUAG